UGUGUGCAACCCUAAAAGGUGACGCACCGUUGCAGAACAGCAGGGAUCCUGAUAAUGGGAGGAGUAAGUGAUGACAGCAAAGCCUGUAAAACACGUUCCGUGAACGCAGCAAUCCAGUCGGCUUUUCUCUGCGUAGCCUGGAGCAGCAUAUCCCUGUUCUCUGAGCCGCCACAACAUUCCUCACAGCAUUCCCUCUCUCCGGUGCCCAUUUUACUUGUUUUUAUCUGACCGCUGCGUCGGGAGAACCGGAGCUGCGGGGAUGGAUGCUGCUGCUUCGGAAAGGAGCGCCGCGGAGAGCCGACUGGAGAGAUGCAGUCACACGGCGUUCAUAGAGGACAACACGCUGUAUGUGUGGGGAGGCUACAAGGUAGUUGGUGGAGAGGACAUUGUGUUGCCCAGUGAUGAGAUAUGGCUCUGUGAUUUGUACAGUGGGACCUGGGAGAUGAGGGAUAUCAACGGUGACAAAGCACCAGAUUUAUCUGGAUCCUGUGGCUCUUAUCUGAACGGCACACUCUACAUCUUUGCAGGAUGCGACCCUGUUGGAUACACAAACCAGAUGUUCAGCGUUGAUCUCACAGAGCAGAGCUGCACGUGGAAGAAAGUGACCGACACAAAGGGAACGACGCCCUCACCUCGAAACAAACACUCCUGCUGGGUUCAUAGAGACAGAUUAAUCUACUUUGGUGGAUAUGGGUGUAAGACGAUAGGACAGGUACAGAACACAACAUCAGCAAGCUUUGUCGUGGAUGAGAUGUCCUGGGCAACCAUUGGAGACGUUUUAUUCAGGUGCUGGGGCUGGAACAAUGAAGUCAGUGUUUAUGAACCACAUACGGCCAUGUGGAGUACGCCAGAGACUCGGGGUCCUGCCCCUACGCCCAGAGGCUGCCAUGCAAGUGCCCUUAUGGGAAACAAAGGUUACAUCUCUGGUGGCGUGGAAACGCUUGAGUUGGACAUGUUCUGCUUAGACCUGGACACCUGGACCUGGACACAAUUUGACUUCUCCCCAUCCUGCUCACCUCUGGGCCGCUCCAUGCUCACCAUGACACCAACAUCAGAUCACACGCUCUUCAUUUACGGCGGUCUCGGCAUAGACGGAAACACUCUUAAUGAUGUCUGGCAGUUAAACACACAGAAGAAAGAGUGGAAAAAAAUGACGCACCAACACAAGGACAAGCCCAGUGUUUUCAAAAAACGGUGUGUUUUUUUCUGUAUUUACCCUCCUGUUCCCCAGAGUGUGUCACUCAGCGUGCCUGGGGAGGGACAGCGAUGUUGUCGUGUUCGGAGGAAGCAGCAACAUGUGCCUCCUCAUGGACUCGGUGGCUGUUCUGAGGGCUCCAUCACAAAACCAGUGCAGUGACGUGUUCAUGUUUCAGACCCAGCCGUGCUCCCUCUUCAGAUUGUGUGAGGACCUAAUAGCAGAAAACUCUGAGGUUUUUGAGGAGCAGCUGACCUGGCUGCCAUCGAAGCUACGGAACAAAAUUGACAAGCGAGUCACCUUUUUCUCCUCUACGAAACCCGUUCUAACAGCUUGAAGACGUCGUUUGAAAAAAAAAUUGAACUAGUCAAUUACUAAAACAGAAAUGUUCUUUGUGUGUUGGGAAUUUUUGUGUUUAAUCAUUUAAAAAAAAAAAGUGCUAUUGUUUUAACUUAAGACGCAUCAUUUGUAUGUUUGUUUUUUUGCCUUAUUUUUAAACAACCAGUUAAGAUUUGGUAACAUUUUACUCUAUUACAGUGUUUAAUAAUGUUCAAUCUGUUUUUGAAUAAAGGACUUUAUAUAUUAUUGUG